AUGACCACACCGAGGCACGAAUACUACGAAACGGACGAGAGAAUUACCGUCUCGAUUUUCGAUCGUAACGCAGAUCCUGCCCAGGUGUCUCUCGAAUUCGAGCCUAGGAAGGUCACGUAUACCAAUGGCGACAAGCUUCUUGCCCUUGAGCCACUGAAAGGCCAGGUGAACCCGGAUAGCUGCGAAUACACUGUUGGUAAGGUUAAAGUGGAACUUCGGCUUCUGAAAGCUGUUCAAGGCAGAUGGGGAGGUCUAAUAGGAGACACUCCAGAUCCACUGGCCAAUUCUGCCGCCCCUGAAACCACUCCCAGGAGACCGCAGCAGAAGAAUUGGGAAGGUAUAUCCAGCCAAAUGUUGGCGUCGGACAAGGAGGUGACUUUAGAGGAAGAUCCCAAUGUUGGAGGCGACAGUGCUAUCAACCCUUUCUUCCAGAAGUUAUUCUCCGAUGCAGAUGAAGAUACGAAACGAGCUAUGCUAAAGAGCUAUAGUGAGAGUGGAGGCACUACGUUGAGUACUAACUGGGAUGAGGUGAGGAAGGGAAAGGUGGAGGUGAAGCCUCCGGAAGGUUCUGAAUGGAAGCGAUGGGGUUAA